AUGGAACCCACCACAAUCGCCAUCGCCGCCGUCAACAACACACAACCCAUUUCCUCCAAUACCAACCGUCCCCGCCGGAAACGGAAAAUCGUCGUCAUUUUAGGCCCCACCGGCGCCGGGAAAUCUCGUCUUUCUAUCGAUUUAGCUUCACGUUUUUUUGGAGAAAUAAUAAAUUCCGAUAAAAUCCAAGUUUAUUCGGGUCUAAAUAUUACUACUAAUAAAAUCACAUUACAAGAACAAAUGGGUAUCCCACAUCAUCUUCUCGGGUCUAUUGAUCCGACCCGACCCGUUUUCACGCCUUCCGAUUUCAGAAAACACGCUUUGGAUAUUAUCUCCGAUAUCAAAGGUCGCCGGCGGCUACCCUUUAUCGUUGGCGGGUCAAACUCAUUAAUCCACGCUCUUGUUUCAAAAAGAUUCGACCCGAAAGUCGACAUUUUCACACAACCCGACCCGGAACCAGACCCGGAGCUCCGGUACGAUUGUUGUUUCAUUUGGGUGGAUGUUUGUUUACCGGUUUUAAACAGCUAUUUAUCAAAACGGGUCGAUGAGAUGUUGGAUUCGGGUAUGUUUGAAGAACUGACCGAUUUUUUCGGGUCCGGCGAUUACAAGAAAGUGAACCGGUCCGGUUUGGGUCAAGCAAUUGGGGUUCCGGAAUUUGCGGAGUAUUUCGAAAAAUAUCCGUCGCGGCUCCAGAAUGAGAAAAUGGAUACCGGGUUAGGAUCCGACAUAGGACAUGACAUUGAAAUGGAAAGAAUGUUGUUGUACAAUGAGGCAGUAAGAAAAAUUAAGGACAACACGUGUCAGCUAGCGAAGAAACAAGUGAGUAAGAUCCUACGGCUGAGAGAUAUUGGAUAUGAUUUAAAAAGAAUUGAUGCCACGGAAGCAUUUAGGACGGCGUUGAUGACGUCAGAGUGCGGUGGUGGUGGUGGAACAAGGCUGGCGGAAAUAUGGGAAAACCAUGUUGUGGAACCAAGCAUCAAGAUUGUGAUGCAAUUCUUGGAUGAGUAG